AUGUUUUCCGCCUAUUUGUGUGCAUUGUCUCUGGUGGUCUCCGAGACGGCAGACAUGUCUCGGGGGUUUCCGUACCCACCGGACACGAGACCUGUUGGCUGUCGGAAGUACAAGAGGAAGGACUUUGCAAAUCACACCGUGUCCAUAAUCAUUCCGUGGCUGGCUGAGAAGUGGGAGCAUAUGGAGGGCACCAUGAAAGCCAUCCUACAUUUCACCCCGGACGAGCUGGUCGAUGAAUACAUCUGGAUCUCCGAUGGCAACGCCGACCCGAAAGAAAAGGAGCUCAAGGCCUUGUCAAGCAAGGUCAGAGUCUUCGCCUUCCCGGAGAGGAAAGGCCUCAUGCUGGCAAAGAUGAAAGGGGUAGAGAUGGCCACAGCGCCCGUCAUCGUUUUCUUGGAGGCUCACGUCAUUCCGAACAAGCACUGGCUUCAGCACAUCUUGCAUCGAGUGGUCGUGAAUCCCAAGGCGCUCGCCAUGCCAACCUUGGAUCAGAUUCCUCAGGAGAAUUGGCACCUGUACCACCCGAUGCCACCGGGCCACUGGCGCUACGAGUGGAACUUCAACCUUGUCUACACGAAUCCCGGCAAUGUCAUUCGAAAUGACAAGCCCGAUCCCUACGAUAGCCCGGGCACAUCGGGCGGAAUCUUCGCCAUGCGCAAAGACUGGUUUCAGCAGCUUGGGCUCUUCGAUGCCGGCAUGCGCGAGUGGGGAGGCGACCACAUGGAGUUGACGAUGAAGGUGUGGCGCUGUGGCGGCCGCAUUGAGAUCGUUCCUUGCUCGAGA